AUGGGUAGAAAAAUCAGACAAUGGAUGAAGCCAGAUACAGAGAGAACAAAGACCCCCACCAUGGAAGCUUACAACACAAAGAAAUUGAAGGAGAAAGCAAAUUCGAAUCCAUGGCUAAAUGGCGCAAAUACUCAGAAUGCUACCUCAACAUUGGCUACACCUGUGUUCGCCAACAACGGCAUCAAUAAACCACAGUGUGUUUUGCGCCAUGCUGUCCUAACUCAGCAGAGUGCAGCUGUAGUGGUGGCCUCAUAUGAGAUUGCAUUGGAAAUUGCCAAACGAAAAAAGGCUCACACGAUUGGAGAAACACUUCUGAAGCCCUGCAUGUUGAGAGCAGUAAAUCUUAUUCUUGGAGAAGCCAGUGCAAAGAAGAUGCAGCAAGUAGCCCUGUCAAAUAAUAUUAUACAGAGGCAUAUUUCUAAAAUGUCUAUGGAUGUGAAGGAGCAGGUUUUGACUGAAAUCAAGGCUUCUCCAUUGUUCUCCUCUCAGCUCAAUGAGUCAACAGAUGAAGUGCUUGAUUGUGUAAUCAAAAUUGUAAAUUAUGUGAAAACUGCAGCACUCAACACUCGGCUUUUCAAAGACAUGAAUGCUGACCACGAAGUCCUUCUUUUCUACACAGCAGUACAUUGGUUAUCAAAAGGGAACGUUGUUCAUCAUGUCUACAAGAUGAAAGAUGAAAUAAAGCUAUUCCCGGAAGUUCAAGAAAAGACAGAUCUUGUAGCUCACUUCGAAGAUGAAGCAUGGAAUAAAAGGAACUGGUGUCGGAAAACCAAUCUUGAAAACAUUGCUAUGUUCGAAAAACUUUGUGGAGUGAUGGAUGAGUCCCAGGUCCAACUGGAUCAGUUCCUCAAGGAUGAGAUUACUGAACAUCUUCAGUCUCUAGAAAAGGAAUUUGAGCAAUACUUCCCUGAGCUAUCAGAGGAACAGGAGGCCCUUGUAAGGAACCCAUUUGAUGUAUCCAGCAUCCCAGAUGAGAUCCAAGAUGAAUUUCUGGAUCUAAAGAACGACUCUACAGCUCGUGAUCUCUUCAAGGUGAAAUCGGUGACUGAGUUCUGGUGUGCUAUGUGUCAGUCGUACUACAAAGUCAGCAUGAUAGCCUUACGUGUCCUUAUUCCAUUUGCUUCUGCGUACUUGUGUGAGACAGGAUUUUCAACUCUUGUGAAUAUAAAAACAAAAAAUAGGAACAGACUGGAUGUUGGAGAUGACAUGAGACUGGCUCUAACAAAUGCCCGGCUACAAAUUUCAAAGCAUGCUGCUCAAAUGCAGCAUCAGGCAUCCCACUAG